AUGAUCUUUCGGUCGAAGUUCAUCCGUUCUCUUCUCUUUACGGUGUUUUGGAUGAUGCAGGGGUACAUCCAUGCUGCGGCUGAUUCCCAGUUCGAUCCUGCCAUCGGUCGACCGGUGGAUGAUCCAAACUUUCCCUCCCAUGACAAUCAGCGCUUCAGAAUAAUUGAGGAGUCUCCUAACGGGACAGAAGUCAUUGGGGUGGCGGAGUACUUGAACAGUCAACUGGCACUACGUUACAGAGGCGACCCAAUUCGACCAGAAAGACAGACAACCUAUCAACUCCUUGACUCCCAUGACAUGCUAACCCGCCUGUUACGUAUCCAGCCGCAGACGGGCAGUCUUCUCAUCGAAGGUCGAGUAGACCGUGAGGCUUUGUGUGUGCGACCGCCAAGUUCUGCUCAGACGAUUGGCUUCCUUUCUGCCAGCAUGGCUCAAUCCACUACCUGUCUGAAACGGGUUAGUGUACUGGCCACGGUAACUGUGGAAAAUCAGAAGACAGACGUUGAAAUGGUGACCAUUCCAAUAGAACUGGUGAUCGAAGACAUCAAUGACAAUCCACCUUCCUGGGAGGUCGUCGGUAGGCAGACCCCCAGUGACCCUGCCCAGUCGCAAAACUACCCAGUUUUGGACGCAAGUGUGCUGGAACAAACCUCAGAUGCAGAGUUCGGUCCUAGCCGAAGUGGAAUGGACAGUAGUCGUAUUCUGAUUUCCGCCGCCUAUGAUCCUGAUGAUGGUUUGAAUGGUGAGAUCGAAUAUGAACUGAGAAAUUUCAAGUCUCCUGAAAUGCAGUUUUUGAUGGGAGAAAAGAAAGAGGAGACUGAGCUCAACCCCGGAACCCCGAUGCCCUUCAAAAUUAGCGGCCCCGUAAACGGGAUGCUGCAACUCACCCCAAUGCAAGCGAUUGACUAUGAGAAGACGAGUAUCUACAACUUUCUGCUCAUCGCACGAGAUAAGGGCAGGCCACAACAGACCGGUUAUGCCCAUCUAAAGAUUCAUGUGAUCGAUGUGAACGAUGAACAACCCACCUUUACUCAGGAUAUCUACUUGCCACCGGGUGGCGGAAUUUCAGAGCGAACACCGCCGGGCACUGUCCUUCUAAACGUCACUGCUACAGACGCGGACGCCUCCGAGGCCAACAGUCGUCUUCGCUACUCCCUCGCACCCAGUAACAAUCUUCUGGUGCCCAAGUUCUUUUCCGUCCACCCAGAUGGCCGGAUUCUGCUGCGCCAUUGGUUAGAUUAUGAGACCCUGGAACCCCUGCACAUGUCUAGCUCUCCCUCGGCUCUAAGGGCGGCCCCGCCGAGCGAGGGCAAGCAGUUUAGCUUUUAUGUUCAGGCCGUGGACUCUGCGCCCGCACCGUAUGAACGGACAGGAACGGCCCUGGUUGUCAUCCCCAUUAUAGAUGAGAAUGACGAGGCACCCAUUAUCUCCUCGCGUUUCCUGGGGCCACCAGAUUUGGUCAGACACGGCGAGGCAGGUAAUGAUGGAUAA